UGAAGGGGUUUCAUGGACAGAUACGGGCAGUUUGUACUUGGCUUUCAGAAUGUCUGCUUACGGUUUAGCGGUUACUGUCCUGGUCUUCUUGCUCCUCGGCGCAGCUGCAGAUGUGGAGACCAACGGACGAAUUGUGGGCGGAAGUGAACAGGUGAUUCGGAACGCACCCUGGCAGGUGUCCAUCCAGAUAAGUGCACGUCACGAGUGCGGAGGUGUAAUCUACAGCAAGGAGAUCGUAAUCACAGCUGGACACUGUCUGUAUGAGAAGUCCGUAACCUUGAUGAAGGUCCGCGUGGGAGCACAAAAUCACAACUACGGUGGUACAUUGGUUCCCGUGGCGGCGUACAAAGUCCACGAGCAGUUUGACUCCACUUUCCUGCACUACGACAUUGCUGUUCUCCGCCUAUCAACUCCACUUACCUUCAGUCUCUCCACUAGACCAAUCAAUCUGGCCAGCAAGAGUCCAGUGGGUGGUUCGACGGCCACUGUCACGGGUUGGGGUUAUAUGGAGAAUGGAGCCUUUGCCGAUACCCUUCAGAAAGCCCAACUACAAAUCAUCGAUCGUGGAGAAUGUGCCUCGCAAAAGUUUGGCUAUGGCUAUGACUUUGUGGGAGAAGAAACUAUUUGUGCCGCUAGCAGUGACGCGGAUGCCUGUACAGGCGACUCUGGAGGUCCUUUGGUGGCCAAUAGCCAGCUGGUGGGCAUUGUAUCUUGGGGUUAUCGGUGUGCUGACGAUAACUAUCCCGGUGUCUACGCCGAUGUGGCCAUCCUAAGACCCUGGAUUGUCAAGGCAGCCAAUGCCAUAUAAUCGCGUUUUUUUACUGGAUAAUAAAAAGCAUGUUUAAAAACAAAA